AGUAGCAGCACUACAACCACCACCUCCACGAUGCAGACCCUGAUCGUCCUGAGCGCUAUGCUGGCCGUGGCUCUGGCGACUCCAGGCUACCUGGGCGCCGCCCCUGCCGCAGUGGUAGCCCCCGCUGCCUACGCCGCCCCCGCUGUGGUGGCCGCCCCCGUGCACGCCGGCUAUGCAGCCUACGGCCCCGCCCCCGUCGCUGUCCGCUCUGACGGCUACCUGCUGGACACCCCUGCCGUUGCCGCCACCAGGGCCGCCCACCUGACCGCCGUCGCCCAGACACAGGCCCGUGACGCCGUCAUCAACGGCGCCGCCCUCGCCUACGCCGCCCGCGCUUACGCUGCCCCCGCAGUGGCGUACGCCGCCCCUGCUCCCUUGGCCUACCCCGCCCCAGCUGCCAUUGCAGCCCCAGGUGCCCUUGCCGCCGCCGCCCACCUUCAUGCUAAGGCUGCUCUGCUGGGCUGAAAUGUCUACAUCUGCAACAUACCUUAUCCUGAGAUGGGUCACUAUGUGACAUGUUUGCAGGAAGCUACUGUACAAACUUAA